AUGCAAAUUUUCGUUAAAACUCUUACCGGUAAGACCAUCACUCUUGAGGUCGAGUCAUCUGACACUAUUGACCAGGUUAAACAAAAGAUUCAAGACAAGGAAGGAAUCCCCCCAGACCAGCAACGUCUCAUUUUCGCUGGUAAACAAUUAGAAGAUGGUCGCACUUUGUCAGAUUAUAACAUUCAAAAGGAGUCAACACUUCAUCUCGUUUUACGUCUCCGUGGUGGCAUGCAAAUUUUUGUAAAAACUCUUACCG